CAACUAGUAAAGUAUGUUUUGAGUGAGCUAACCAACAUGAUAAAAGAUGGUUGAAAAUCAUGCAUGUGAGAUUGAACAUAGAUCAUGUACAUUAUGACUCCUUUUUUGUCUCCAAAAUCUGUUGUGUAUUCCUAAAGAAGGUUAUUUACAAAAGCUAUUUCAAACUGCAUCCUAGGUAGCGAAGAAAGGUGGAUAUCCGGAAGCAAAUAGCCCACUUUGGAGUUUGGUUUUCCCAUUAAAAAUUGUAGAUAAACAUGAAUUAGAAGUACUGUCCAACCAAAAGAAAGAAUGUAAUCUAGUGAAGAAUGACGGCUAGGAAGAAGCAGAAACUUUUGUCCAAGUCAACUCUUUCUAAGAAUGAUAAGAUAUUGCCUUGCUUUCCCAGACUGCCUUUUUGAGUGUUCAGUGUUCGAAGGCGCUAUGAGUUUGAUGUCUCCCCAUGGAAGGGUUCCCUGAUUCUGCUACUUACAGAGUGCUGGCGACCCAAAGAAAGAUUCUUCUAUACUUUCUCUUUGAGGGCACUUUCCCCUCCUUGUCCUGUUUCUUUUUUUGCUUCCCAGAUUAGCUGGAGCAGUGAGACUUCUUAGCUCCACGGGAGGCCUACAUUGAAAGACCAAUCAAUUAAAGAUAGCGAUUGUUA